AGAGAGAGAGAGAGAGAGAGAGAGAGACAGAGAGAGGGAUCGGAGAAAGAGAGAAGACAAUAUGAGUUUCAGAGAAGAGAGUGACGAUGGGAGAGAUCUGAAGAAGCCAUUUCUUCAUACGGGUAGUUGGUACAGAAUGGGUUCGAGACAGUCGAGUAUGAUGAGUUCGUCUCAGGCGAUUCGUGACAGGUCUAUCUCUGUUCUCGCCUGUGUUCUCAUCGUUGCUUUGGGUCCUAUCCAGUUCGGUUUCACUGCUGGUUAUUCUUCACCAACACAAACUGCCAUCACUGACGAGCUUGGACUUACAGUAUCAGAGUUCUCUUUAUUUGGUUCUUUAUCAAAUGUGGGUGCAAUGGUUGGGGCAAUAGCUAGCGGUCAGAUUGCUGAGUAUAUGGGGCGAAAAGGGUCGUUGAUGAUCGCAGCCAUCCCAAAUAUCCUUGGUUGGCUUGCCAUUUCAUUUGCUAAAGAUUCUUCUUUUCUCUAUAUGGGAAGGUUGUUGGAAGGCUUUGGUGUGGGUAUAAUCUCUUACACAGUUCCCGUAUAUAUAGCUGAGAUAGCGCCUCAAAACUUGAGAGGGGGAUUAGGUUCAGUUAACCAGCUGUCUGUCACAAUUGGAAUAAUGCUGGCUUAUUUGCUGGGACUUUUUGUUAAUUGGAGAAUACUUGCAGUUCUGGGAAUAUUGCCGUGUCUAAUAUUGAUACCUGGCCUAUUUUUCAUUCCAGAAUCCCCUAGGUGGCUGGCAAAAAUGGGAAUGACAGAAGAUUUUGAAGCUUCUUUGCAAGUGCUCCGAGGGUUUGACACUGACAUCUCCAUUGAAGUAAAUGAAAUCAAGAGAUCUGUAGCAUCAACCAGCAGAAGAACUGCGAUCCGUUUCUCAGACCUCAAACAAAGAAGAUAUUGGUUUCCCCUGAUGGUCGGAAUUGGAUUGCUUUGCCUGCAACAGUUGUCUGGAACUAAUGGUGUUCUCUUCUAUUCCAGUACCAUUUUCUCAGCUGCUGGGAUUUCAUCAAGUAACGUUGCUACAUUUGGACUUGGUGCUAUUCAGGUUGCUGCCACUGGAAUUGCUACAUGGUUGGUUGACAAAACAGGCCGUAGAAUUUUACUCAUUGUCUCAUCCUCUACAAUGACUGUUAGCCUCCUAGUUGUUGCAAUUUCAUUCUUUAUAAAGGAUUCUAUAUCGUCUGAUUCUACCCUUUAUAGCAUAUUGGGAAUCUUAUCACUAGUUGGAGUUGUGGGCAUGAUAGUUGGAUUUUCUCUUGGAAUGGGGCCAAUUCCGUGGGUGAUAAUGUCAGAGAUCCUUCCAAUCAAUAUUAAGGGCCUUGCUGGAAGUGUAGCGACAUUGGCCAACUGGUUUUUUGCCUGGGUGGUUACGAUGACUGCAAACUUGCUUUUAAGUUGGAGCAGCGGAGGAACAUUUACUAUAUAUAUGGUUAUGUCCGCGUUCACUGUGGUAUUUGUGUAUCUGUGGGUGCCUGAGACAAAGGGAAGGACUCUGGAAGAAAUCCAGAUUUCAUUAAGAUGAUAUUCUCAAUUUUUUUCUUCUCUUUUUUUUUUUUCUUCGAGAUUUUCCUUCUUCUUGUUGUUGUUGGUAGUCAGAGAAACCAAUCUUGUUUUUUGUUUUGCGAAAUUAAACACAUAAAAAGACUAAAAAUAUGUGCAUAUGCGACUUUUGAUGUUGUCUGUGCAAA